GAAUUGCCGAAACUUCGCCCUGUGCCAAAUUCCGCUUGCCCAAUUUUCUUGUUAACUUCAUCUCCAGCAUCUUCGCCUUCUUCUCUGCUCUCCUUGUAAAUCAAGCCAAACUAUGAAUUAUUCUACAGAGAUGGACAAGUCAGCUGGAUACAAUGUCGACCCCGACCUCGAAUACAACGAUGAGGUCGUCCUUGGCGAAAAGACCGGUACUGUGGCAGACAAGAGAGACAUGGCACGUCUGGGCAAGGAACAACUUUUCAAGGUAUGUCCUUAGGUGAUGUUUCGUUCUGAACGAGCCUGAGACUGACGUCCUUGCUUGCCCAGCGAAACUUUGGUUUUGUCACCAUAUUCGGGUUUGCCCUAAUCAUCAUGAGCACAUGGGAGACGAUCUUGUCGACUGUGGCAUUCGGCCUGGGGAAUGGCGGUCCUGGAGGUCUCAUUUGGACCUUUCUCGCUGCAUGGUCCGGUUUCCUCUUGGUCGGCAUCUCGAUGGCCGAAAUGGCGUCCAUGGCACCGACGUCAGGCGGACAAUACCAUUGGGUCUCGGAAUUUGCGCCUCCACGGGUGCAACGGCUUCUUUCAUAUUUUAUCGGAUGGCUUGGUGUUCUAGGCUAUCAGGUUGGAACGACGAUUGGGGCCUACGUGGCCGGUACUUUGAUACAAGGCCUCAUCAUCCUGAACUAUCCAGACACUUAUCAACCACAAAGAUGGCAUGGGACAUUGAUGGCAAUGGGGAUCUCUGUCUGUGUUGCCCUUUUCAACAUCUUUCUGGCAAAGCACCUCCCCUUGGUUGAAGGCAUCAUCUUGGUGCUCCACCUUGCCGGCUUCUUUGCCAUUAUGGUCCCCUUAUGGGUCAUGGCUCCGAGGACUCCAUCUUCGCAAGUCUGGACGUCGUUCCAGGAUGGAGGGUCUUGGGGAAGCAUUGGAGUUGCCUGCCUGGUCGGGAUGAUCACGAACGCUGGCGCCCUCGUUGGCGGAGACGCUGCGGCACAUAUGGCGGAAGAGCUGAAGAACGCCUCGAAAAUGCUCCCUCGGGCCAUGAUUUGGACGAUUGUUGUGAACGGCGCUCUCGGAUUUCUUAUGCUUGUUACAUUCCUCUACACACUGGGUGAUCUCGGCGAAGACCUCGCCUCGGCCACUGGCUACCCCGUGAUUCAAGUCUUCUACACGGCAACGGGCUCCAAGGGUGGAGCCUCGGGCUUGACAUGUCUCUUGAUCAUCCUCAACAUCUGCGGCAACCUGACCACGAUGGCGGGUUCAUCACGUCAGCUGUUCUCCUUCGCGCGAGACAAGGGAGUUCCAUUCAACAACUGGGUCUCGCGCGUACCAGCCGGCUACGACGUCCCCGUCGUCGCCAUCAUGGUUUCUGCGACUUGGGCCUGUGUCUUCCACUGCAUCUACAUCGGCUCGGCCCUUGCGUUCAACAUCAUCAUGUCCAUUGGUACCGUUGCACUGCUCACGUCAUACAUGGUGUCCAUUGGCACUGUUACCUUGAGACGACUCCGCGGCCAGCCUCUUCUUCCAUCGAAGAUGAACCUCGGCAAGGCCGGGUUGCCCAUCAACAUCGCUUCCCUCUGUUUCUGCGCCGUUGUCUACGUCUUCGCGUUCUUCCCACCGAUCCCGAACCCCCCAGCUGCGUCGAUGAACUGGGCGAUCGCUGUGUAUGGAGGUGUGCUCCUGUUGGCCUUGACCUACUUCAUUUUUCGUGCAAGGCACGCAUAUGUGGGACCGGUCGCUAUCGUCAGGAAGACAGCUUAAAUGCUUUGAUAUAGAUGGGCUGGAAAUACGACCUGAAAGGAAGCGAUGUAUGAAGGCACAACAGUAAGGCUCCGAAGCAGCUGCCGGAAUACGCUCCGCCUGUUCAAUUAUUCUACGUACUCAUGACAUCCAGUGUCCGCCACAUACAAAGACUUUCCCGCGACACAGCCACUAUCCAAUGAACUUGGUCCAACCGCCCAAGUGUCGAUCCUCUGCUUCCUCUCGACUCAAUCUUCCAGCGUACUAGUAGCUAGUCCUCUUCGUCGUUGGCCUUUCC